GUAAUUCUGUUAGAUUAAACAGAAUAAGAAUACAUAUAUAUGUAUAUAUACAUAUAUAUAAUAUACAUAUAAUUCUUUAAGUGCCAUUAAGAUUUUUCAAAAUAAACGUUUUCUUUGAAAAUUUUCAUGAAAAUCUCGUAAAAAAUUGCUAAUAUUGAUGAAUGUCACGCAACGCCAAACAAUAACAAACCGAAUCGCGCUGAUUGCGGAAUUAGCUGAUAUGCAUUGUCACCCUUACUGCAAUUAUCAGUUAUCCCUCUCAGAAUGCUCCGCCUAUAUGUAUGUAUAUUUCGAUGUCAAUGGACACAGGUCAAUGAUAUAAAAUUAUUCAUGCUGUAGAGACACAUUUGAAUAAAUAACAACGGAUGAUCGUCAAACGUCCGACUGUCAUAUUAAUCGAACGAUAAUCAAACAUGAGAAUUGAACGUCAAGUGAAUACAUUUUUUGCUUUAGAAGUAGAGUCUAUCACUUUACUAUGCAGUAGUAAGGUAAUAUUAGUCAUACUAACAAUAAGUGUGAGAGCGAAGCUCAUACAACGUUUUAUUACUCGGAUUUCAAGGAUUAUUCACGCACAUAUAUAGUUAGCAUAAGAGAUCUUUAAAAGAAGAAAUAGCAUGGCGAUUUUAAAAUUGUUAAUAAAUAUCAGCCUAUUAUUUACUGCUAUAGUGGCUAUACCUGUUGACAAUAAUUCGAGAAAUGAUUCUCACGUAGCGGUUAAUUAUCGUUUACCGGACAUUGUAACUCCGGUAUAUUACAAUAUUAAAUUAAUACCGUAUAUCGAGGUAGAUAACUUUACCUUUGACGGUGAAAUCAGUGCCAAUAUCACAAUUCGUCGUACAACGUCAGACUUAAGUUUGCACGCACUAGAAUUGAUAAUAGACGAAGCAGCGACAUCGUUAUUUGACAACGAAGGCAUUGACCAUAAACCAGCGACAUAUAAUUACAACAAUAUAACACAGAUUUUAGUCCUUAAUUUUAAUGAUGAGCUAUUACCUGGAAAUUAUACCCUAAAGAUGAACUACGUCGGUAUUUUAAACGACGACUUGCAAGGUUUUUUCAGAACAUCUUAUAUAGAAAAAGGCAAAAAAGUGUGGUUGGCCGCAUCGCAUUUUGAAGCAACUUGGGCGCGACGAGCAUUUCCAUGCUGGGACGAGCCGGCAUUAAAAGCUACUUUCGAUAUCUCCAUAAACAUCAUCAGAAUUACACGGCUCUAUCAAAUAUGCCGAUACGGGAACAAUUAGAUAAUGGAGAUGGCACAAUCUGGACACAUUUUAAUACGACUCCCGUCAUGUCCACUUAUC